UCGAGUCUUUUGGCAGUUUCAAUGUAAAUUAUGGCGAACAGCGCCGCUCGGAUCCUGGUCGGGCUGCGAUGUCGUCCGCCAUUCGAGCACGAAGUUCCAUGGAACAGCCAGUUUGCGCCUGCAUUGCGCUUUGCCUCACACGCUGUACAUGUGGCUCCCGGGCGGCACUACAGCCAGCGCUCGUUUGGGUUCGACUACGUGUGGCCGCCGUCGGCGUCGCAAGAGCGCUUGUACCUAGACGCAUUGUUCCCCAUCGUCCAACACGUCUUGAAAGGGCAUGAUGGCACCGUGAUGGCUUACGGCCAGACAGGGACAGGGAAGACGUAUACAAUGGGGUUUCUGGACGCGACUCUUCCACCACACCAAGCUGGCAUCAUCCCACGCGUGUUUGAGCAAAUCUUCUCCGCCAUCGAGCACGACGCUCCAGGGUUUCGGGUCUCUGUCUCGUUUCUGCAAAUUUACAUGGAGAACGUAUAUGAUCUCUUGGUGCCGCCGUCAAGCCAUGGAAGCGUCGAGUUGCCGGUGCGCCCGACCUCCGACGGUACCGCGUUUUAUGUGGACGGGUUACAAUCGUACGACAUUGGAUCUUUGAACGAAGCGCAUGGACUAAUUGGAGUGGCCAUGAUGAACCGAUCGCUCGCCUCCACGGCGCGAAAUCCGACAUCGUCUCGCAGCCACACGUUGCUAAAGAUCUCGCUGACCCGAGAACACGGCCACCACACCUCGACGUUGUCGCUGGUCGACUUAGCUGGCUCCGAGAGACCAACCGCUGCGACUGCAUUUGGUAUUUCCGCCCACGAUCAUGUGGACUAUUCGUUUGCCGCUCGUGAGCGAGCGCAGAAGCGCCUGAACGAAGCCAAGUUUAUCAACUCGUCGCUGUCUGCCCUCGGCAACGUCAUUGCAGCGCUGUCCCAACCUGAGAAGCAGCUUCUAUCGAGGUGUCGGGAAUCCAAGUUGACAAAACUAUUGAAGGGGGUGCUGGGGGGGUGUCAUGUCACGCUGGUGAUUGCAACCGUCGAUUCUGCGCCCGAAAGCCUCGGCGAGACACUGAGUACGUUGAAAUUUGCCGCUCGGUGCAAAAAGGUGCCCAUUCGACCUCCUUCCGACGGUCCGACACACGGCAAGUUGAAAGCCAACAUCACCAUGACGGACGCUGCCACUCAAACCAGUACGACCACGACGCGAGUGACGGACAAAGAUGAUGCUACACAGAGAUUGCUCGAGUCGAGAGAGAUGCAGCUGCAUAUGCAAUAUCAAGAGCAACUGCAUAAGCUCCGACAAGCGCUGGACGCCAGUGAGCGGCGUCAAGUGGAAUGUUGUUGUCGUACAAUCAUCCGCCAUGUGUGCCAUUCGACGUCAUUUCCUGUCGAGAACGAUGCCGGGUAUGUCGAAGUGAGCUCGGACGAUGGCAGCGGCGACGACUACAGCCAAGUGCCCGACCUGUAGUGCAAUAAUGCAAAAACUUGGGCUCGCA